AUGUACAUUAAGAGUCGUAAUGGCUGGAGAAUCUUCUGUGGCGUGAAUGGAGUAAGAGCAGGGGAAUCUCUAACUUUGGAGUUGAUCAGAGGAGGCGAAAGUCCUAGGCUCAAGUUCUCCUCCAAUAUGGAGCAACCACCAUUCGAAGCAGACACUAGGGGGGACAAGCGAGCUAGAUGGAAUCAGGAAAUAAGGGAGAAAACAGCUGAAGAAGGAGAACCCUCUCAUCGCACUAAGGCAUCUAACAAAACCAAUGCAAAUCAAGAAAACUUACAGGACAAGCAACCUUGUUCUGACUCAGAUCUGACGACUAAGGUUAAAAAUAGCGUUGUGAGUACUUUAACUAGUAUCAGACAGUUUCGUGAAGAGCUAAAUACAAAGGAAAAAGAACUGGAAGAUUCAUUGCAGAAAAUCAACAACUUAGGUUAG